AUGUCAAACCCUCCUCUGGCCCCCGAAAAUGCCGCAGCCGCAGGCGCCGCAGCGGUGAGUCCCGCCCAGAUCGCGGGUACAAGCGAUUCGGCGCUUGUUGCGCAGUCGCAAACGCCACCGCUACCCAAACCCGAAUCUAGACUGCUGCUCGGGCCCGCACCAGCCCUCAACGAUCAAGGGCCCGUCUCUUCGGUACCACCACCAUUACCAUUACCACCAUCGUCAUUCCCACAACCAACCCCUACCGAACAGCAAGACACGCCUGGCACUGCUCCCCUGGCCGCUCAAGCCAACGGGACUCCUGCCGUGGCCCACGCUGCUGAUCCCGUUAAUAAACAUGCCCGGGGUCCUGCCGUGCUGCAAAGGCCCCACGGCCCUUCCUUGCUGACCCAGGCUCUUGCAACAGCUCGUGGCAUUCCCAAACAGACCCUCGCCGACUCGUCGCACCCCCAUAAAUCGCACCCCUCGACCACCAUUAUUUCCGAACACUCGUCUGAUCCUACCUCAGACAAACUCGAUCAAGAUCCUGACAGCCGAGAGCCUCGCAAUGGCAUUCAUCCCCAGACCGAUGGCGGCGACCCCUUGACCCGACGACUCUCACCUCGCAAGACGACCAUGCCUUCCUCCACAGCUACGUCCACCGCCACCAUCACGACCAUGGUGGCCGCUCCCAUCUACGGCGGGCUCGAUCUCGGCGAGGUCAACUCAAUGAUUAAUGGUCACCGCGAAUUCCUUACAAAGAACAAGGGAAACGCCGGCCCACCCCCGGAGACACCAGAACGGGAACGGACGGUUCGAUGGAAUGAUCUGUCCAAUGAUACAUUUGGAGUUGAUCGUCACCAUUCUGCCUCCGCACGCGCUACUGAUGUGUUGGCCACAUCACCUGACGGCGUUGACGACGCGGGUGGUAUAACGGACGGCCGCCCCCCGUCCAGACCUUGGAAGACGGAACAUCGGGUCUCGAUAGGCCCCGAGAAAGCAUGGUCGAUCGGAUCGGCUGAUUCGUCAAAUGGCCAAGACGGACAAGUAGAAAAGUCCAUCUCAGAAGUUCUCGCUGGAGUCGAACACAACAACCGCAGCAGGAAGGCCAGCCAUAGCCUUCGCUUCUUCAAAGAAGGGCUUCCGGAAGAAAAAGGGAAGCGGAAAGAUCAGCGCAACGUACAGCCCACCCGGGAGAAGUCGCCAUCUCGGGAGGAAACGCUCGUUGGCAUCGAGGAACCAUCCGUCACAAAAGUGGAAGCGGUAGAGGCCCGUCCAGUGGAGGAGGUCGCGUCAAUUCCCGAACGACGGGACCGGGCCUGGUCCCAUCCGGCGCGGACAGCCGAGAGCGGGUUUGUCCAAGCUUCGCCCGAAGAUUACUUUGCGACGGAUCACGGCGAACCAGACGCCAGUGAUGCUGACACACAGAUAGCAGUCGCUGGUGAGAAGGAAGGCGAGCCAGUGCAGCAGGCAGAGGGCGAGUCAAUGGACAAGAGUGGGCAACCAGAGCCGCGGCGCAUCUCCAACCUCAGUGUCGGUGCUGAGGAGAGUACUGAAGAAGGCGAGGAGUCGGGGGAAGAAAAGAUUUCGUCGGCUGUGUUCCUGCCACACCAAACCGCGGGGGAGUCCCCUGAACAUUCGCCGUUACCCGGUCUUCCGCAGCGGGUUGUGCCGACCAGGAGACACUCGCGCAACAGUGAGUUUCAGUCUUGGCUUGUCAAGGCUGACGAGCCAGAGGUGGAUGGCGGCAAGCAAGAAAGCCCCGAGGUAAAGCUGAAGAGCGAUGUUGGACCGGAAGCUGCCGAGUAUUCCAGAGUAGCCCCAGAGGUAGUCACCAGGCAGGUUGAAGAAUCCGCCCCUACUGCACAACGUGAACCUGCUGUUCCCUCCGCUCGCCUGUCUCGUCCGGUCUCGCACUACAAUGAGGAUGCUGUCGUCCACGAACCUCAACCGACUCCAGAGCCGCCGCUGGACGCUAUCGAGUUGAUCCCUUACAAGCAUCAAGUCGGUGGUCAUACCACACUGUGGAGGUUUUCUCGCCGUGCUGUCUGCAAGCAGCUAAACAACCGUGAAAACGAGUUUUACGAAAAGAUUGAAAAAUAUCACCGCGAUCUGCUGGCUUUCCUGCCUAGGUACAUUGGAGUGUUGAAUGUAACCUUCCAAAAACAGCCGCGUCGCAAGUCGACCAUGAGGAAAGACGAUGCGGCCGCGUUAGAGCGGUCCCGCACUGCCCUGAAAGAUAUGCAAAAGGGGACCGGGCAAGGCGAGCAAAGUCAACCACCAUCGCAACCACCAACCCCUGGAGCACCUCGAGUGAUCAGCCAGUCAAUUAAGCAGUCUUCCGGCCAAAUCCCGACGGUAACUUUUGUUGAUAACCAGCACAUUUUGCCACGGAGUCUCCUUCAGCCGACCGUCAGUUAUCCUAGCCAUCUCGUGCGCUUUAGGAGUGCGUCCGCGUCGAUGCAGGGAACGAUGCGCGCUGCGGAGAACGACGGGCACGCUGUGGACAAGCGAUUAGAUGCAUCUCGCCCGAGCCUGCAGGAACGCCAUGCUAACAGCUGGGGUGCUACGACGGUCAACAAGAAACUGCGCAACGAAGUAUUCAAUGAUGCAUUCCUCAAACAACCGAUCGCGAUCCACAAGCAUCGCAAGGGCCACCAGCGAAUGGCGCGGAGAACGCUCCAGCAGUCACUGCGGUCGUCUGGCUCCGACCCGACUCUGAUAGAGACGACCGAGAAACGGUCGCAAUCGGCCGGGCCCGCGCGGGCGCCACCCAGCCUCCUUGCCAGCUCUCACGCUCACAGCCAGAGCGAUAUUGGCGAGGCAUCAGGGUACCGCCGAGACGACAGGGAUGGCGAGGACAGCCCGAAGGACGUGACCGGGACUAGUGCUCCCGAGCCCGAGAUUCUGGGAGACAACUCGCCUGCCCAAAAGAAGAAGCGCCGCUACUCCGGCACCGGUCUGCGUAGGAAGCCGAAGGAUGUCCAGGAUAGCCGAGGUGAUUUGCAGUAUUUUGAAGAGGCGGGAGAUGUGAGCUUCAAGGGCGACCGUGGGAACGGAGCAGCCGCUGCUUCCGCCGGGGAGGAGCCUGCGCCAAUGGAGGUCUUCCCAGCGUCACCUCACAACGGACCGGUCCGCGGGUAUGAUGAACCAGCGGAAGAAGAUCAAGCCCCUCCCGUUGGUCCUCUUGAGUUCAACAAGAUUCCCCGCCCCGUCAACCCGAAGGAGGCCCAAACCCAGCGUGACUCGCGCGUCGAGUACUUCCUCCUUCUCGAGGACCUCACAGCCGGGAUGAAGCGGCCAUGCAUCAUGGAUCUUAAAAUGGGAACGCGGCAGUACGGAGUAGACGCCAAUGCAAAGAAGCAAAAGUCACAGCAAGGCAAGUGCGCCAAAACGACGUCCCGCGACCUUGGGGUGCGCGUCUGCGGCCUGCAGGUCUGGGACGUAGGCACGCAAAGCUACGAGUUCAAGGACAAAUACUACGGGCGCGAGCUGAAGAAGGGCGCCGAGUUCCAGUCGGCGCUUACGCGAUUCCUCUACGACGGUGUCGACCCUGCCAGCAUCUUGCGUCAUAUUCCCACCGUGCUGCAGAAACUGGACGAGCUCGAGGUCAUCAUUGGCCGGUUGAACGGGUACCGCUUCUAUGCCGCGAGCUUGCUCAUGUUUUACGACGGGGACGUGUCAGUCGAUGGUCCUAAUGGGAAUCAUCACAACAACAAUGCUAACAACAAUACCAACUACUACUCCUACGUCGAAGACUCGACCACCGACUUCGCCACAGACACCGAGGUCGAACCGCCGGCGCGGCGCGGGCGCAAGAAUCCUCGCGAAAUCGACUUCAAAAUGGCGGACUUUGCCAACUGUGUCACAGCGGGCGAUUUGUCGGCGCGUGACCGGCCGUGCCCCCCACGGCAUCCAGAUGAGCCGGAUCGUGGGUUUUUGAGGGGACUGCGGAGCCUGCGGAAGUACUUUUUGAGGAUCCAAGCGGAUACCAGGGCGGAGCUGGGGCUGGCUUGUCUGAGCAGGAAUGGGAAGGGUGUCAAUGGGGGGGACAGAUAUGAGGUUGACGAGGAGGAUGAAGGGUUUGUGAGUCUAUGA